UUCCCACCUCUGAACCCUCCCUAUGUUUUCUUGAUCCUAUCAGCUUCCUCUCAGCUGGGAUCGCGCCGCGUCAACUUCCGGGCGGGUGCCCGCCAGCACGGCCUCCGCCGCUCCCCUUCUUUGGCCCCUUUGUGUCCCCGCAGUAGCGAGGCGCGGGCCCUGGCACGUCCUUUCUCGAGGCAGGGAGCACCGUAGUGCAGGGAGCCUCUCACUGUGGGCGGGCGCGCGGCCCGCAGGGGGGUUAGAGUGGGGAACGUGCCUGCGCGUGCUGGGAUAGUUCAUUUAAAGCUCUUAAUUCCACAGGGUGGUGGUUUCUACCAAUAUGAAUCUUUUCAACUUGGAUCGUUUUCGCUUUGAGAAAAGGAGUAAGAUUGAGGAAGUGCCCGAAGCAACUCCUCAACCCUCCCAGCCUGGCCCUUCUUCACCAAUUUCUCUUAGUGCUGAAGAGGAGAAUGCUGAAGGGGAAGGUAGCAGGGCAGGCACACCUGAUUCAGAUAUAACUGAAAAAACAGAAGAUUCUAGUGUUCCAGAAACUACAGAAAAUGAAAGAAAAGCUAGUAUAUCAUAUUUCAAGAAUCAAAGAGGAAUACAGUAUAUUGAUUUGUCUUCUGAUAGUGAAGAUAUCGUUUCCCCGAAUUGCUCCAGUACAGUUCAAGAGAAAAAAUUCAACAAAGACACAGUGAUUAUAGUUUCUGAGCCAUCUGAAGAUGAAGAGUCCCAGGGCCUUCCUACUAUGGCAGGUAGAAAUACUGAUGAUAUUUCGGAAUUGGAAGACCUUUCGGAAUUGGAAGACCUUAAAGACGCUAAACUUCAGACCUUGAAGGAACUUUUCCCACAAAGAAGUGACAAUGAUUUACUUAAGUUGAUUGAAUCAACAAGCACUAUGGAUGGAGCAAUUGCUGCCGCCUUGCUGAUGUUUGGUGAUGCAGAAGGUGGUGGACCCAGGAAAAGAAAAUUAUCUUCUUCUUCAGAGCCAUAUGAGGAAGAUGAAUUUAAUGAUGAUCAGUCUAUAAAAAAGAAAAGACUGGAUCAUGGAGAAGAAUCAAAUGAGUCUGCAGAAUCUAGUAAUAAUUGGGAAAAACAAGAAAGUAUUGUAUUGAAAUUGCAAAAGGAAUUUCCCAAUUUUGAUAAACAGGAACUAAGGGAAGUACUCAAGGAACAUGAAUGGAUGUACACAGAAGCUUUAGAAUCUUUAAAAGUGUUUGCAGAAGACCAAGAUAUGCAGUAUGCUUCACAAAGUGAAUUUCCAAAUGGAAAAGAAGCUUCUUCAAGAAGUCAGAAUUACCCUAAAAAUGCAGCUAAAACAAAACUGAAGCAGAAAUGUUCCAUGAAACCACAAAAUGGUUUUAACAAGAAACGUAAAAAAAAUGUAUUUAAUCCUAAGAGAGUUAUUGAAGACUCUGAAUACGAUUCGGGCUCUGAUGUGGGUAGUUCACUAGAUGAGGACUACAGUAGUGGUGAAGAAGUGAUGGAGGAUGGCUAUAAGGGUAAAAUUCUUCACUUUCUUCAAGAUGCUUCAAUUGGUGAACUUACUUUGAUUCCUCAGUGUUCUCAGAAAAAGGCUCAGAAGAUAACAGAACUCCGGCCCUUUAACAGUUGGGAAGCUCUGUUCACAAAGAUGUCCAAAACUAAUGGCUUAUCAGAAGAUUUGAUAUGGCAUUGUAAAACACUGAUCCAAGAAAGGGAUGUAGUUAUAAGACUUAUGAACAAAUGUGAAGACAUUUCAAAUAAAUUGACAAAACAAGUUACCAUGCUCACUGGAAAUGGAGGUGGAUGGAACAUAGAACAACCCUCCAUUCUAAACCAGAGUUUGUCACUCAAGCCCUAUCAGAAGGUUGGUUUGAAUUGGUUGGCAUUGGUACAUAAACAUGGACUUAAUGGCAUUUUGGCAGAUGAAAUGGGCCUAGGAAAAACUAUUCAAGCCAUUGCAUUCCUGGCAUACCUCUAUCAGGAGGGUAAUAAAGGUCCUCAUUUGAUCGUUGUUCCAGCAUCAACUAUAGACAACUGGUUAAGAGAAGUUAAUUUAUGGUGCCCCACUUUAAAGGUGCUCUGUUACUAUGGCUCUCAAGAAGAACGUAAACAGAUCAGAUACAACAUCCAUAGUAAAUAUGAAGAGUAUAAUGUAAUUGUGACCACGUAUAAUUGUGCAAUCAGCAGUUCUGAUGAUCGUAGUCUAUUUCGACGGCUGAAACUUAAUUACGCGAUUUUUGAUGAGGGCCAUAUGCUGAAGAAUAUGGGCUCCAUCCGCUACCAGCACCUUAUGACAAUUAAUGCAAAUAACCGUUUGCUGCUCACAGGCACACCUGUACAGAAUAAUCUGUUGGAGCUCAUGUCACUGUUGAAUUUCGUUAUGCCACACAUGUUUAGUAGUAGCACCAGUGAAAUACGAAGAAUGUUUUCUUCUAAAACGAAAUCAGCAGAUGAGCAAAGUAUAUAUGAAAAGGAGAGAAUAGCACACGCAAAACAAAUUAUAAAACCGUUUAUUCUCAGAAGGGUAAAAGAAGAGGUUCUCAAGCAGCUACCCCCCAAGAAAGACCAAAUUGAAUUGUGUGCAAUGUCAGAGAAACAGGAGCAGCUCUAUUUGGGUCUUUUCAACAGAUUGAAAAAAUCUAUCAAUAACAUGGAAAAAAACACAGAAAUGUGCAAUGUCAUGAUGCAAUUGAGGAAAAUGGCCAAUCAUCCUUUAUUACAUCGCCAAUAUUACACAGCUGAAAAGCUCAAGGAAAUGUCUCAGCUUAUGCUAAAGGAACCUACACAUUGUGAGGCUAACCCUGACUUGAUCUUUGAAGAUAUGGAAGUUAUGACAGACUUUGAAUUACAUGUACUUUGUAAACAGUAUCGACAUAUUAAUAACUUCCAAUUAGACAUGGACUUGAUUUUAGAUUCUGGAAAAUUCCGAGUUUUAGGAUGCAUCUUGUCUGAGUUGAAACAGAAGGGUGAUAGAGUUGUAUUAUUUAGCCAAUUUACCAUGAUGCUGGAUAUUUUAGAGGUUCUCUUAAAACAUCAUCAGCAUAGGUACCUCAGAUUAGAUGGGAAGACUCAGAUUUCUGAAAGGAUUCACCUAAUUGACGAGUUUAAUACCGAUAUGGAUAUCUUUGUGUUUCUGCUGUCAACAAAAGCUGGUGGCCUAGGAAUAAACCUCACUUCAGCGAAUGUUGUUAUACUCCAUGAUAUUGACUGUAACCCAUACAAUGACAAACAAGCAGAAGACAGAUGCCAUAGAGUAGGCCAGACUAAAGAAGUACUAGUUAUAAAAUUAAUAAGCCAGGGGACAAUUGAAGAAUCCAUGCUAAAAAUUAACCAACAGAAAUUGAAACUAGAACAAGAUAUGACCACAGUCGAUGAAGGUGACGAAGGGAGUAUGCCAGCAGAUAUAGCCACAUUACUAAAAACGUCAAUGGGCCUGUGAAAUUAAGAAUUGUGAAUUCCUAAUUGAUGAGGAAAUAUCAACUUGGUGCACUCAAGGACAUUUACAUUAUGAUGACCAUGGGGUUUAUGAACAUUUAUACCUUUUUAUAAUUUCCAUAUUACAUUUCUCAUAGUAUGGACAACUUUUUGCCACUAACUGAAUUCUCCAGAUGCUCACAUGUGAAAUUUCAAAAAAAAAAAAAAAAAAAAAGCCACAAAUAUGUAGUCCUGAAGAUGUUGAAUAAUCAUUUUACAAAACAGUUUUCUGAAUGGGGAUUAGUUGGUGAUUGUUUGUAACAAAUAUGCUAAUGCUUUAGAAAUGUCAGUAUUUUUGUAAUUAUUUCUACCUCCAAAUAUAUAUAUAUUGUCUUUCA